CUUUGGCAGUUCGUGUGAAAGAACGUUUCAAUCAGCUGAAACAGAGCAAUAAUGAAUUUGCUUUUAAUAAUAUGGGCUGAGAAGUCUGCCCGGUUCCAAAAACUCUUGGAAAAACUGGGGUGUGGAAAUUUACUACUGGAAAGUAUACUAAAGAAAAACUGUAAGUUAAAAAGGAAAUUGUAAACAGGAAAUUAUCUGAGGAGUUACGAGGCAUCCACUCUAACUUAGCAAGAGAGAUCUUUCCUCUGCUUUUCUUUGAUCUCCUUACUUUAGAGAACAGUUUCUUUUCAUUGAUUGUUACUAAUGAAGCUUUGUUGAAAGAAGUAAUGUGACUGUAGCAAAUGAAAGGUAUUGGAAAAGAAGAAAUAUUAGAUCUCAUUAUUUUGAGCUAAGAGCAGUAAGCGGUUUAUACCCUUGACCAUGGCUUCAACAAGCACAAUCAGCCUCAAUUGCCUCUUACAUUUUGUUGACUUGCCCUUUGGUGAAUAAACUCGCUGGCCAUGGAUACUCUCUGCUUCUAGUAUAGGGCCGUGUUAGCAAAAGGAAAGUUCUCAAGCCACAGUUCUUUAAAUAGGAUGGGGGGCAUACGGCUCUGACCUAACAGAUGUGGCAACUUCCUGGAGAUUAGCAGUCAGCACCCAACCACCCCCACCCACAAAAUUCUCUUUCCCUGGAUGCUCUCCACAUGGUCUCUCCAGCAUCUGAGGUGGAAAACGGAAAGUGAUGGGUGAACCAUUCCAACUAGUUCGGUUAAAAUUGAGGUUAGUGUUCAAAAUGAGUUUGGGGGACAAAGUGUUGUUUUGUGCACAAAGUUUUGGAGCUGGAAGGGAGCUUUAAAGUGAUGCAGCUCGAGCCUUACGAGGGAGACAGGUGACGAAACAGAGGCAGAGGAAGGUGAGAUGUCUGAGUGUCCCCGCUCUUCUGACUUGGACUCCAGGGGACCGACCACACUCCCUGCCAAGACCUCUGUACCUGACUCCUUUCCCCAAAGGGCAUCCCUUGGCGCCAGAGGCAGCGGAGCCUAACCAUCCCCCUGCCACCUCUCUUAGCUUUCGCAACACUACCGCACGUGCCUCAAACACGCCCCUGAGGGUAAUAUUUAACCUUGCCUGAGUAUUUGCUUGAGCUUCUGAAAAAUGAUUGAAUCCAGUGUCUGCAGUUAGAUGAUGCAAAAGGAAAAUCUGAAGAGACUCGGUAAGAGUUGUCUUUCUGAUGCCUGUGUCUGAUCAUGUGACUCUCCACUUAGAGACCUUCCUUCGGAUGUUCCUCAUUUAGGCCCCUUAGUCUCUCACUUCUAUCUCCCUUCCAGUGGCUCCUCCGUCCAUGCACCUUCCCACUCCCCAGCCACGGCCCCCUCUAGUCGCACUGAAUGGAGCAUGUGCUCCGGGCCUCUGUGAAGUGAAUAAGUUCUCUUUUUUCUACUUAGUGAACUCCUGUACGACUUUAAAAGACUCAGAUCGAGCAAUACUUCCUCCUUGAUGUUUCCUCUUACUCCCCCUUUCGUGGUGCCCUGCACUUACCCCCUGUUCUGCCCCUAGAGACCUAAAUUUCUGUGAACACAGCUCAUCGCUUCGAACCAUAAUUGUGCCUAUGUCUACAUCUCUGACCAGGCUGUGAUCACCUCCAGGGAAAGUCGUCUUCAGUUCCUCUUGGACUUUCCAAAGCCCUGUAAAAGAUGUCGAAGGAUCAGCACAGUCCGCAGAUAUGCCCCUGGAAUUGGAAAGAACAGAUGAAGAGGCUACUAUUCUAAGUACAUUUGCUGCAGUGACCACAGAAACGUUAAUUACAAAUACGAGUUCUACCCACACUGAUGAGGGUGUAAAUCAGUUAGAGUUUAUAUUAAUGGUGUUGAUUCCGUUGAUAUUAUUGGCCGUCCUAUUUUUAUCUGUGAUAUUCCUCGUAACAUGCUAUAAAAGAAAAAGAACUAAACAAGAGCCUUCUAGCCAAGGAUCUCAGAGCGCUUUACAGACAUAUGAACUUCCAUGUGAAAACGUGAAAGUCCCUAUUUUUGAGGAAGACACGCCCUCUGUUAUGGAAAUAGAAAUGGAAGAGCUUGAUAAAUGGAUGAACAGCAUGAAUAGAAAUGCCGACUAUGAAGGUUUACCUACUUUAAAGGAAGAAAAGGAAUCAAACCACAACCCAAGUGACAAUGAAUCCUAAAACUGAAUGGUGCUGAUGUUUUCCAAGAGAAGCAGCCCCGAAGGGAGCCUGCUGGGCCUGCCAACAGAGGAUGAAGAGGAUACAAAUUCAGUUAAUUUAAAAUCAACGUAGACACGAGAACCUUUUGCUGUUUUUUCCAACACCCGCUCUUCCUAACGAUGGCAUCACCUGUGCUUGGAAGAAGGCGCGAUUGAGAAGUACUAGGAAAAGGCCUGGCAGACGUCCACUGUGGAGGGUGGAGGAGGCAUAUGAUGCAUUCACCUCUAAUCGAUGGGUGUUCCCUCCUCUCAGCCAACCUCUAGCUGACUGGUCUCAAUCUGGCCAUGCCCUCUAAGUCCUUGUUACCUGUCUUCUUCAUUCCUUAGGGUUUAAAUCAGGAAGCUGUCUUUUCAUGGUUUCCUUCUGGGUCACCUUAUUACCUAACUAGCUUUGGAUAAUUUCCUUGGAGUAGUCAAGUCCUCUGACAGGUCACUUGCCUUCAGCAGGAAAUUUUCUCAACGUGAGUUAUGGCCUGGAAAAGACAGCCAACAAAGCAAGUGUUUCACUGUAUACACCAUCCCAGGAGGUUGGUAAGCCCCUUUCUACCUGCCAAGAAGGCACAGUGAGAGAGUCCACAGUCCUGGGAAGAUGUUGCAUGGUGACUUGUGGACCCUGAGUUGGCCAGAUCCGGUCACCCUUGGGCACUUCUCAGAGGAAUAGGAAUCUUCAAUGAAAGAGCAAAUGUUUUCCUUCUCAGCUAAAAUCGCGUUUCCCCAAAGCUCAUUCUUGUGCUUACCACACCUCCCUGGCAUGUGAUAUGUGGGCGGGGAGUGUGUGCAGGUGGGGGUCGUCUGCCACCCUUCUAUGUCUCUGAGGUCCUUAAGGUCAUUUGAAACCAACAGACUAGGAAUAGGGACUAUCUGUGCCUGUGGUAGACAUCGCUUGUCGCACUCAGUAUUCUUUCCUGCCAGGCUGGGACAAGCCUCCAGCCCUCCUCAACACAGCUCUCCAGGAGGUCAUUGUCAUUCCAUCAGAGGUGACAUUCUGUGUGAUAUUUGUUGACAUCCUCGUGCUAGAAGCAAUGGAGCAAAAUGCAGAAGGGCCUGUUUAUCACUCCCACUCACGUAAAAUCAAUCUCCAUUUAAUUCUUACUUUUCUAAUUCUGACCUUUAAAGCAAUCUAGCAAAUUGGGAGCUCUCAGCUCUUCAACGACAUGUGAUAUUUUAUUCCAGGAAAGCAACAAAGAGUAAAAACUUUAUUUAUUUUACUCCCCAUGCAGAAACUGAGGGGGAGACAAGGUUCACCAAACGUUUGCUGCUGAAUUUUGGGAUCUUGUGUUUGAAAGGCUGCCUCAAUGCACAACAGAAAACCGCCCUUCUCCUCCCUUUCAGAAUCCCUUUAAUAAAUACUUGCCUUCUGAACUUUGCCCAUAAUUGUAAAGGCAGAGUCCCAAGCCGGGGAGGCCUUUCCAUGCAAUGAAAGACAGAACUCUCUAGUUGUGUGUAGCCACUGUCCUGUGCCGUCCUGGGACUGCAGAGAGCUUUGGCCAAAGACGGUCUUCCAGGUACAGAAUUUCAACAGUUUUCUGUCCUAUCCUCAUUACCACAUCCUAAUAUGGCAUUUUUUGUUUCCAUUGCUGUUUUGCAUAUCCAUAUUCAACUUGUGGUUCACAGUGACUCACAGAUAUUUACACCAAAACUGCCAUUUUCUGAAUCACUGUUUCUGCUUAUGUCGUCACCCUGUUUCUCAUCAACGUUUUGACUCUCAGAAGAGUCUCAGCUUGCUCCUUUCUCUCCCCAGGUAUCUAAGAUGUUUGCGGAACAGUUAGGCCUGUAAACUUCAUCCAAUCCUAUCAAAUGAUGAACUUCAGGAGUUCAGAGAAGUGUAAGGGGUCUUGGAAUCUCACUUUGAUGAAGCAAUAGUUUAUGAUAUGAUAAAAAAUAUUUUCAUUCAAUAUUUAAAAUUACUCAAAUUCCAGAAGAAGCAAGCUUCAGCAACAUGUCAUUGAGUUUAUAUCUGAAAAAUGUACUAACCUCUAUAAUUGUACAUAUAAUUGCACUUUUUAAGAUAGUUCAUUCUGGCAAGAUAUAUGAAGUUAGUAAGGGGCAAAAGAGUCAAGGGUCAAUUCUAGCAUCCUGUAUCUUUUUGUUACUGUUCAAUCAAUAGGCAUCAUAAAUUUAUGAUAAUUUUAAGAAUUGCUUUUAAACCCAAGCUUAAUUUUCUGAUUUGGAUUGUUGCUAGUAAAAAUCUUAUGAACUUUAUGUAGUUGAGCAUUCAAUCAAAGCAAAAUCUGACUUUAGAAUAUUUUAAAGAUGUAUAAGUUGUAUUGCAUUUUUGUACAUUUUAUGCAAACUGGGUUAACAACAUUGCCUAGUUGAACUCCUCAGGAAACUUGUUUUAAUAAAUAUGUGAAAAUAUCAAUCUUAA